AUGGACAACAUCAGUGUUCUGACAAGCACUGAUGCUGAGGGCGGACUUCCGGCUCUUCCUCGUUUGAGAUUUAAUAGGGAAGGUAAUCUUCUAGCCAUUUCUACGGCAGAUAACGGAUUUAAGAUCCUAGCAAACACAGCUGGUUUCCGAUCUUUAAGAGCCAUGGAAGCUUCUGCUUUUGAAACGAUGAGGAAUCCAGUCGAUUCUUCCGUAAUCAAAGCUGUUCCUGGUGCUCCUGUUGCGUCUGUCAGCUGUAAAAUUGAACGAGGCUCUCCGGUUAGACCCUCACCUAUCCUGAAUGGAGUUGAUCCCUCGAAGCCAAGAAUAGACGACUCAACAGACAAACCAAGACCUUGGCAAUUAGCUGAAAUAUUGGACCCAACCCAGUGUCGCCAGGCUACUUUACCCGAGACCGCUGGUUCUUCCAUAAAGGUCGUCCGGCUUCUGUAUACUAAUUCCGGCGCUGGAAUCUUGGCAUUAGGUUUGAACGGUAUUCAGAGGCUCUGGAAGUGGGUUCGCACUGAGCAGAACCCAAGUGGAAAGGCAACUACUGCUGUUGUUCCUCAGCAUUGGCAACCAAACAGUAGUCUUCUCAUGACCAACGAUGUCUCUGGUGUAAACCUUGAAGAGUCUAACCCGUGCAUCGCUCUCUCUAAGAACGAUUCAUAUGUCAUGUCGGCUGCUGGAGGAAAAGUCUUCUUGUUCAACAUGAUGACUUUUAAGGUGAUGACAACAUUCAUGCAACCUCCACCGGCAUCAACAUUUCUGGCGUUCCAUCCUCAGGACAAUAACAUCAUUGCAAUUGGAAUGGAGGACUCCACGAUUCACAUCUACAAUGUCCGAGUGGAUGAGGUCAAAUCAAAGCUAAAGGGUCACCAGAAAUGCAUCACUGGCUUAGCAUUUUCUACAACCCUCAAUAUCUUGGUUUCAUCUGGUGCUGAUGCUCAGAUAUGCUUUUGGAGCAUUGACACAUGGGAGAAGAGAAAAUCCGUAGCAAUACAAUUGCCAGCAGGAAAAGCCGCCAAUGGAGACACGCGUGUGCAGUUUCAUGUGGAUCAGAUCCGUAUCCUGGCAGUCCACGAGACACAACUAGCUAUAUUUGAUGCUUCCAAGAUGGAAUGUAUCCGACAGUGGAUUCCUCAAGACUCGUUGUCUGCUCCCAUAUCCUCAGCAGUGUAUGCCUGCAACAGCCAGUUAAUCUACACCACUUUCCGCGAUGGUAACAUUGGAGUGUUCGACGCAGACACUCUUAGAUUAAGAUGUCGUAUCUCUCCAUCCGCCUACUUGCUUCAAGGGAACCAAGGUUUGUCCCCUCUAGUUGUGGCAGCUCACCCACAAGAGCCAAACCAGUUUGCGGUCGGUUUGAAUGAUGGGUCAGUUACGGUGAUAGAACCGACGGAGGCUGAAGGCAAGUGGGGGAUGGUUCCACCCUCUGAAGCGAUCAACACUUCACCAUCCACCACAAACAACCAGAGUCAAGAACAGUUACAAAGAUGA